CAACCUCUUCCUGUUCCAGGUCGUAUCCAUAGACAACGUGACGCUGUCAGAUCACAGCCGACUUCUCGUCAAGGAGUGUUAAUUGCCAAUUUUUGGUGUUUCUAGCUAAUGAUGUCAGGCCUUAAUCAUAAACCCAACGAAGCCGGGUGGUUUUACCAUGCACCAACUAAGAAAGAGACAGACUACCAGCCUGUGGGUGCUCCACCACCAUCUCAGAUCCCAGGUCUUGGGCAGAUGGAGGAGUUUGAGCAAGAAAAGCCAAAGGAACUGGUUUUCAGAGAAACAGAUACAAAAUACAUCCGUUUGGCCAAGAUGGGAGGGAGAAAAGAUCUGCUUACCAUAAACUCUAAUUCAGCAAAUACAUCAGAGCCCGUUUCGUAUCCACGCUGUGACUGGUUUUAUCUGGAGGACAAUGCUCUGGAAGACAAACCCAAGGAGGACAAGAAAUGGGAGUUUUUGCUGCCAGAGUAUAUGGUACACCAUGCUUAUCAGCCUCAUGGUGAUACAGCUGCAGAAGCCAGUAAUGGUGUUCCCAUGAGACGUCCACCCUAUGCAACAGAAAAUCAGUCUUGUUUCUACCAAGAUGGACAUUCAUUGUCAGAUAAAACUGUGUCACUCCCUGAAAUAAAGCGACCAGGAUAUGGUACACGAAAUGCAAAAGCAGCCAACAGCAAACAGCCAACCUUUGACAAAGACAAUCCUCUAAGUUCUCAGGCACUGAAAAAUCAUCCCCGUCCAAAUUACCAGCUCCAACACGUAAAGGAUUCUGAAACUACAUGUCUAAACUACUUUCAAACUCCUAUGAACGAGAGUGGCAUGAGCAGAAUCGUACAAAGCAGGCUGAGCAGCACGGUGAAGCUCCCACUAUGGUCAAAGAAGAGAAGACAGUGCAGGGGGAGCACAACACCAAUGACGGUCAUUCUCCUCCCACUGGUGCCACACGUUCUGGCAGGAUCAUUCAGCAGUCGACUACUUGACAUUAUAAAUAGGAGAAAUUCUGGCCCUAAAGCCAUCGCCAAAAAUACACAGUCAAGCAAAAAGAAGGAAGAUGAACUGAAAAAAGAGCCUUUCAAACUGAGCAAGUUCAAGAAUGUCCCUGCUCGUGUUGACACGCACCAAAUACCAGAAGUGCUUGCUGCUGUUGGACAUUAGAGAAAGAGCUGUUGGUGGUUUAUUAAGACCUAUGCUCUCUUCUCUAUUCUGGAAGCAAGAUAUAAAUUAUUAUAAGAACAUAAAAUAUUUCACAGAGGCACUUGAUGUCUCCUGUAAGCACUAACAAUAAUUUUAAAUAAAAUAGACUUUUACUGUCAUUUAGCAUAUGAAUAUCUACAAGCCCAAACACUGUUUGGACUUUUGUUCAUGACUGAUACAGUUACCUAUAAUUUACAUAUGCUGUGCUGUGCAAACAUUGCAAUUAAAAGAAUGAUUAUAAUAA